GAAACUCUUCAGUUCAGAGAAACUGAAACUGAAGUGCAGUUGAGCUGUUGUGUGUUUGUGUCUCUGUGUUCAUGUGGUAAAAUGGCAGAAGUCGGAAUUUCUCAGGAUGAGUUCAAGUGUCCAGUGUGUCUGGACCUCCUGAAGGAUCCAGUGACCAUUCCCUGUGGACACAGUUACUGUAAGAGCUGUAUUACAGGCCGCUGGGAUCAGGAGGAUCAGAUGAGAGUCUACAGCUGCCCUCAGUGCAGACAGACCGUCAGUCCAAGACCUGCUUUAGCUGAAAACACCAUGCUGGCUGAAGUGGUGGAGAAACUGAAGAAGAGAAAACUUCCUGCUGACUGUUAUGCUGGAGAUGGAGAUGUGCAGUGUGACGUCUGUACUGGAAUAAAAUACAAAGCCGUCAAGUCCUGUCUGGAGUGUCUGAACUCUUACUGUCUGAAUCACCUUGAAGAACAUGAGAGUUUCUUUAAAAGAAAGAGACACAAUCUGACUGAAGCCACUGGACGACUGCAGGAGAUGAUCUGCCAAACACAUGAUAAACUCCUUGAGGUUUUCUGCCGCACUGACCAGAAGUGUAUAUGCCUGCUUUGUCCGAUGGAUGAACAUAAAAACCAUGACACUGUAUCAGCUGCAGCACAGAGGACAGAGAAUCAGAACCAGCUGAAGGAGACACAGAAGUCGUUCCAGCAGAGGAUCCAGCAGAGAGAGAAAGAUCUUCAACAGCUGAGAGAGGCUGUGGAGUCUUAUAAGAGCUCUGCACAGACAGCAGUGGAGGACAGUGAGAGGAUCUUCACUGAGCUCAUCCGCUCCAUUGAGAGAAGCCGCUCUGAGGCCACACAGCGGAUCAGAGAUCAGGAAAAGACUGCAGUGAGUCGAGCUGAAGGACGACUGGAGCGACUGGAGCAGGAGAUCAAUGAUCUGAGGAGGAGAGAUGCUGAGCUGGAGCAGCUUUCACACACACAGGAUCACAUCCAUUUCCUGCAGAGUUUCCAGUCUCUCUCAGCUCCUCCUGAAUCUACAGACGUAAAUCACAAUCCCUUCAGUUGUCUCUCCUCUUUUGAUGUCUUGAGAGAAUCUGUCCUUCAGCUGAGAGACAAACUGGAGGAUUUCUGCAAAGAGGAGCUCAAGAAGAUCUCUGACAGAGUCACUUUCACCAACAUUGUUCCCAGGACCAGGAACGACUUCCUACAAUACUCUCAUCAUCUCUCUCUGGAUCUGAACACAGCACAUAAAUACCUGUCUGAAAAGAACAGCUUUAUUAGAUUAGCUGGCGCAGUCCAGCCAUAUCCUGAUCAUCCAGACAGAUUUGAUUAUUAUCAUCAGGUGUUGUGUAACGAGAGUGUGUGUGGACGCUGCUACUGGGAGAUUGAGUGGAGUGGAUGUGAAGUGUCUAUAUCAGUGUCAUAUAAGAGCAUCAGCAGGAAGGGACGGGGUGAUGAGUGUGUGUUUGGACGUAAUGAUCAGUCCUGGAGUUUGUACUGCACUCCAUCCAGUUACUCAUUCAUACACAAUGACAUAGAGACUAAACUCCCUGUAAAGCCCAUCAGCAGUAGAAUAGGAGUGUAUGUGGAUCACAGUGCAGGAACUCUGUCCUUCUACAGCGUCUCUGGAGACACAAUGAGCCUCAUCCACACAGUCCAGACCACAUUCACUCAACCACUCUAUCCUGGGUUAAGGGUUUAUAGAGGAUCAUCAGUGAUCAUGUUGAUGAAUCAGAAUAGAUUGUAAGCUGCAUGAUAAUUCAGAUGAUCCAAGAUAAGAGGCUUGACAGAGAAAGAUGUUACAAACUUUUAUCCAAUAAACAUCAGGGAUAAACACCAACAGGAAACAUUAACACAAGACAAUGAACAUAAGAUGAUUGUUAGUUCACCCCAAAAUUAAAAUUCUGUCAUUAAUUACUCACCCUCACGUCGUUCCAAACCCGUAAGACUUUCAUUCAUCUUCAGAAGACAAAUGAAGAUAUUUUUGAUGAAAGAAUGCUGUCAGAUUUCCUAACAUAACUGCAUUUGUAACUAUCACUUUGAUGCUUCAAACACUUCAUAAAGAGAUCGGAAAACUAAUCCAUAUGAAUCGAGUGGUUUAUUUCAAAUUUUCUGAAGAGAAUUGAUCACUUCUUAUGAUGAACACAUUUAAUUUAGGCUUUUACUCGCAUGUAAACAUUGAUAAGCAGAAACUCAACCUAACACACCAGAACAAACCUCUUCCGGAAGCUCAAAGUGCUGCGUAACAUAUGAGAAUAUGAGGGAAUAUAGACAGAUUGAAGAGAAUUAAUCAAUCCCACAGUUUAUUGAUCAAUUCCUGUAAAUGAAGGAUCUGAGGAUCAAAAACCUGUGUGUGUAACUUCAACCAUACAUCUAUGUUGUGCUUUAUUUUCUUUGUUUUUAUAUUCAGUAUAAUCAUUUAUCAUCAUCAGUCAUGUAUGUAUUUGUCAUUUGAUUUACACACUUUAUCAUUUCAUCAUUUCAUCAUUUUAUUAUUAUUAUUCAUUUAUUUUUGUAUAUUUUAUGUUACUUAUUUCCUUGUUACUGUAGUUUAAUCUUCUGAUUGUGGGUUUCACAGAAUGUGGCAUGUUUGUCUUCAUGAAUAGGAGAUCAGAGGAAUAUCACAGUUUCAGGGUUUUAUGGGAUGUUGAUGUGAAGCAGUCUGGAAUAAACACACUUGUUGUAUUUGUGCUGGUCAUAUAGUGAUGAGGGGGCCUCAUUUAUAAAAUGUUGCACAGAAACCAUCCUAAAUUUAAUCUUACAAAAUUUCUCAGAUGUGCGUACGUGUGAUUCACAGAAUGACCGUACACACAGAAAACAAGUAUACGCCUCUCUUUCAGAUGUGAAAUCUAUAAAUCGCAAAUGAUCUUGAACUUGCGCGCAGCUAAAUGGUUUCAGUUCUCUGCAUUGUAAAACAACACCUAACUAAUGUCAUUUACAUAUAAAAGAUCACCAGUCAUUGUCCAAAUGCUUUAAUUUAGAAUGGCAAGCUGCAAGAAUAGCUUAGAUUUCCAAAAGCCUGCAGUAAUCUGACAUGUAAAAGAUUGUUUUCAUAAAUAUGAGCGUUGGUGUGGAUUUAAGUGUAAGAUUAAUUUGUGCACACACACUUUAUAAAUGAGGCCCGGGGAGUCUAAAAAAGAGUAGAUUCUUGGACUCUGAAUAGCCGUAGAGUUGGGCUCGACUCUGGCACAGAAAUCCACUCUCAUUGUCGACUGUUUCUGUGUCUGAAAUCUCUCGCUCACUGAUUCUCUGAUCCUAAUAUAGUGCAUGGCAGUCGAGUGCACUAUAUCAGCAAGGAGUGAAGGAAAUGAAGCGAGGAAUUCAGACAGUGACGUAUUACACCAUGUGUCAGAAAGCUGGAGCUGAAACAACUUUGUCACAUACAUUUAUCCUGUAUGCAGCUUACUUUAGAAAUACACUAAAGUUUCUAAAUAAAAGUUUCACUAAAUAAAAGUUUCAAAUUAUUAUGCAACUGACAUAUCAGUCGAAUUUCAGUACAAUAAAC